AUGAAUGGCUGCCAGAAGCAACACCAGGAAAAAACGAAAACUCGGAAACGAAGAGAUUGUCCACCAAUACCACCACCGGUUGUAGCGAGACGAGCACUAUCACCAAGAAAUGUCAAUUCUCCUCUAGUAGGAGAUUCAGUGAAUUCAUCACCGUUUUCAAAUGAAAAACAAACAAAGAAUGAAAAACAACAUUCAUUCAAUGUAUUGCUACCUAUUGAAAAGGACAAUGAGAAAAAACAACAAGAUAUAAGAUCACCAGAUAAGAUAAUAGCAAAAGAAAAUUCAAUAGUAAUAUCACCCAUGCAAAGCACAACACCAGAAAUAAUAAUGAGAUCACCAUCAGUGAUACCAAAAAAUUCAAAAGCUUCAUAUAGUACAUACGAAUUUGCAAUGAUUCCCAUCGAAUGCAAAUAUUUUUUCAAACAAAUAAGACGAUGA